CGCUUUCUCAUGUCCCGGAUGUACCUACAUUUUAGUAGAGGAACAAAAAAAUGGGCUCGUUACCAAGCUUCACCAAACCGUUUAAAUUAUCCCCACACACGAUUAUUUUACACAUAUGAGGACCAGACCGCAGUUUUGAGAAGAGUCAACGUCCAUUGUCUCCGUGUCUGUAAAGUGAUUCAUGGCAUUGAAGAGAGUGAAGUUGGAGGUGAGAGUUGCGGGCCAAGUGUGUUGACACAGUUCAGGCUGCUUCACACUGCUGACAGGGCCUUCUGCCAUCCCCCUCACCCAUCACCCGUCUAGUGAAGAGUGAUGACCUCACAGCAGCAUGGGAAUGCCAACCCUGCCCUCCUAUCACCACAGAACUCUUCAUCUAGUCAGGGCAGGCAACACAUUUCUCGUUCCCCGAUAGACUCGUAUUCCCGCUCAGGGCUUUCCUGUCCUCGGAGAGGCUGGGUUGCAGCUUCAUUAUCUCCAACAGCUCAUGGUAACUCCCUUGCGCUCUCUCUAAGCCGAUUGGGUCCGGCGUCCUGCAGUAAUUCCUCCUCAUCACGGAGACCUGCGUCUGGCCGGGUGGAGCCGUGGCCGGAGGAGGCUGUGGAUGACGCAUAUGGGCUUUACUCUCUUCACCGCAUGUUUGAUAUUGUGGGUGCGCAGCUGACGCACCGUGACGUACGUGUGUUGUCCUUCCUUUUUGUGGACGUUAUUGACGAGUACGAGAGAGGAGGGAUACGGAGCGGGCGAGAUUUCCUGCUUGCGCUGGAGCGUCAGGGGCGAUGUGACGAGACAAACUUCCGGCAUGUUCUUCAGCUGCUCCGCAUCAUCACUCGCCAUGACCUGCUGCCGUACGUUACGUUGCGCAAGAGACAGACAGUGUGCCCAGAUCCAGUGGAUAAAUAUCUGGAGGAGACAUCAGUCCGCUAUGUUUCUCCCAGAGGAGCAGGAGAGGCGCAGCAGGGAACUCCUCACAGAAGAACAGGAACCCAGCCAUUGAUCUGCUGUCCUCCAUCAGGACCCCAGGUGUGCCCACCACGUGCUAAACCCACCCCACCUCCACUGAACAGGAAAAGGAAGAGAUCUCACACGACAGCUGACUGCAGAGAAAAACAGACCUGUGACAUACGACUGAGAGUGCGUGCGGAGUACUGUCAGCACGAGUCGGCUCUACAAGGAAACGUCUUCUCCAACAAGCAGGAGGCGCUGGAGAGGCAGUUUGAGCGGUUCAACCAGGCCAACACCAUCCUCAAAUCCCGAGACCUGGGUUCCAUCAUAUGUGACAUCAAGUUCUCAGAGCUGACCUACCUGGACGCCUUCUGGCGGGACUACAUCAACGGCUCACUAUUGGAAGCCCUGAAGGGCGUUUUCAUCACGGACUCUCUGAAGCAGGCAGUGGGCCACGAGGCCAUUAAGCUCCUGGUGAACGUGGAUGAGGAAGACUAUCAAGCUGGCAGGAGGAAGUUGCUGAGGAACCUGGUGGCAGGAGGUGCCAGUGCAGGGACGGCGAGUAGGGAGGGUCUCUUGUCCUAGUGGUGGGAUUGACUCGGUAAGUGGAGGAAAGUCAGAGACCCCGAUGAGAGAUUGAACACUAAUGAAAAGAUAUACAUGGUGGGGAGGGAAAGAAGAGUGAGGAAUGUAAGCAGAGAGGAAGUGACUCUAAAAAGAAAGAAACCCUAUACAAGAGGCUGCAAUUUGCAUGUGGAUGGAAAGAGGUGAUAAAAGUGUUCUGGAAAGUUUUAUUUUGAGUAUCUCAAGUUGUGGAAAUAAAAGAUGAAGGGAGAAGUAUCAGACAACGAAGGCAUUUAGUUUAUUUUGUCUUUAUUCUUGUGUAAUUGACACUAAUGAUUUUGUUUUUAGGUUUGUGUGAAUUAGUUUUUUUUUUGUGCUACAUUUCCAUUUCCAAGUCUUGUUGCACAACCAUUGUUUAAAUGAAAUGUGUUUGCCUCAAAGUUUAACAAAGAGGUUUGAUCGACUGAUUUACAAUCACAUGCUUCAAUUCAUUAUGGAAUAAUCCCCCUGUCAAUGUUGUCUAGCCAUCCGUGGUCAAGUUUUUCUGGAUGUACACUUACAAGGCAGAAUCUCGGUUUUUAUUUAUAGCACACUGCACCAUUGCACUUCACUUUGGAAUUGUGACUACUUUAAAGAGAACACAUUCUCCAUUUGUUUCACCGCUGAACAUUUGCACAUUUGGUUUCAUUUUAGCAAAUUCACAAGGGGACGUAGACCAACAUCUAAAGAUUCUGAAGCAUGGAGGAUUGGUUUUCAGAAUGGUUUAUUAUAUGCUUUGUUGCAACUUGUGUUUUGCUGCAUGUCCCUGUAAUUUUCUUUUUCUUUUAGUUCUGGAAAAAA